AGCCGUUUCCGGAGUCUGCGCUGCGCCCGGUUCCGCCAUUGCGGCUCUCCUGGCCCGUGGAGCCUCCGCCCCCGACCCGAGCUCUUUCGUCUGCGUGCCAGUUUCCUGCGUCCCCGGAGAGGAUCCUGCUGAGCCCAGCCUCCCCCCUCCCCUUCUCCUCCUCUCCCUCGGAGAGCCCGGGCAGCCACUGCCCCGCAGCCCCAGUGACAGGAGGAGACCAUUCCCCCCGACAGCGCCAUGGCCCAGAUUCUGCCAAUUCGUUUUCAGGAGCAUCUCCAGCUCCAGAACCUGGGUAUCAACCCAGCAAACAUUGGCUUCAGUACCCUGACUAUGGAGUCUGACAAAUUCAUCUGCAUUAGAGAAAAAGUAGGAGAGCAGGCCCAGGUGGUAAUCAUUGAUAUGAAUGACCCAAGUAAUCCAAUUCGAAGACCAAUUUCAGCAGACAGCGCCAUCAUGAAUCCAGCUAGCAAAGUAAUUGCACUGAAAGCUGGGAAAACUCUUCAGAUUUUUAACAUUGAAAUGAAAAGUAAAAUGAAGGCUCAUACUAUGACUGAUGAUGUCACCUUUUGGAAAUGGAUCUCUUUGAAUACGGUUGCUCUUGUUACCGAUAAUGCAGUUUAUCACUGGAGUAUGGAAGGAGAGUCUCAGCCAGUGAAAAUGUUUGAUCGCCAUUCUAGCCUUGCAGGGUGCCAGAUUAUCAAUUACCGUACAGAUGCAAAACAAAAGUGGUUACUUCUGACUGGUAUAUCUGCACAGCAAAAUCGUGUGGUGGGAGCUAUGCAGCUAUAUUCUGUAGAUAGGAAAGUGUCUCAGCCCAUUGAAGGACAUGCAGCUAGCUUCGCACAGUUUAAGAUGGAAGGAAAUGCAGAAGAAUCAACAUUAUUUUGUUUUGCAGUACGGGGCCAAGCUGGAGGGAAGUUACAUAUUAUUGAAGUUGGCACACCACCUACAGGGAACCAGCCCUUUCCAAAGAAGGCAGUGGAUGUUUUCUUUCCUCCAGAAGCACAAAAUGAUUUUCCUGUUGCAAUGCAGAUCAGUGAAAAGCAUGAUGUGGUAUUCUUGAUAACCAAGUAUGGUUAUAUCCACCUCUAUGAUCUUGAGACUGGUACCUGCAUCUACAUGAAUAGAAUCAGUGGAGAAACGAUUUUUGUUACUGCACCUCAUGAAGCCACAGCUGGAAUAAUUGGAGUAAACAGAAAGGGACAAGUUCUGUCAGUGUGUGUGGAAGAAGAAAACAUAAUUCCUUACAUCACCAAUGUUCUACAAAAUCCUGAUUUGGCUCUGAGAAUGGCUGUACGUAACAACUUAGCCGGUGCUGAAGAACUCUUUGCCCGGAAAUUUAAUGCUCUUUUUGCCCAGGGAAAUUACUCAGAGGCAGCAAAGGUGGCUGCUAAUGCACCAAAGGGUAUUCUUCGUACUCCAGACACUAUCCGUCGGUUCCAGAGUGUCCCAGCCCAGCCAGGUCAAACUUCUCCUCUACUUCAAUACUUUGGUAUCCUUUUGGACCAGGGACAGCUCAACAAAUACGAAUCCUUAGAGCUUUGUAGGCCUGUACUUCAGCAAGGGCGAAAACAGCUUUUGGAGAAAUGGUUAAAAGAAGAUAAGCUGGAAUGUUCUGAAGAACUGGGUGAUCUUGUGAAAUCUGUGGACCCUACAUUGGCACUUAGUGUGUACCUAAGGGCUAACGUCCCAAAUAAAGUCAUUCAGUGCUUUGCAGAAACAGGUCAAGUCCAGAAGAUUGUUUUAUAUGCUAAAAAAGUUGGAUACACUCCAGAUUGGAUAUUUCUGCUGAGAAAUGUAAUGCGAAUCAGUCCAGAUCAGGGACAGCAGUUUGCCCAAAUGUUAGUUCAAGAUGAAGAGCCUCUUGCUGACAUCACACAGAUUGUAGAUGUCUUUAUGGAAUACAAUCUAAUUCAGCAAUGUACUGCAUUCUUGCUUGAUGCUCUGAAGAAUAAUCGCCCAUCUGAAGGUCCUUUACAGACGCGGUUACUUGAGAUGAACCUUAUGCAUGCGCCUCAAGUUGCAGAUGCUAUUCUAGGCAAUCAGAUGUUCACACAUUAUGACCGGGCUCACAUUGCUCAACUGUGUGAAAAGGCUGGCCUACUGCAGCGUGCAUUAGAACACUUCACUGAUUUAUAUGAUAUAAAACGUGCAGUGGUUCACACCCAUCUUCUUAACCCUGAGUGGUUAGUCAACUACUUUGGUUCCUUAUCAGUAGAAGACUCCCUAGAAUGUCUCAGAGCCAUGCUGUCUGCCAACAUUCGUCAGAAUCUGCAGAUCUGUGUUCAAGUGGCUUCUAAAUAUCAUGAACAACUGUCAACUCAGUCUCUGAUUGAACUUUUUGAAUCUUUCAAGAGUUUUGAAGGUCUCUUUUAUUUUCUGGGAUCCAUUGUUAACUUUAGUCAGGACCCAGAUGUGCACUUUAAAUACAUUCAGGCAGCUUGCAAGACUGGGCAAAUCAAAGAAGUAGAAAGAAUCUGUAGAGAAAGCAACUGCUAUGAUCCUGAGCGAGUCAAGAAUUUUCUUAAGGAAGCGAAACUAACAGAUCAGCUACCACUUAUCAUUGUAUGUGAUCGAUUUGACUUUGUCCAUGAUUUGGUGCUCUAUUUAUAUAGAAAUAAUCUUCAAAAGUAUAUAGAGAUAUAUGUACAGAAGGUGAAUCCAAGUCGACUUCCUGUGGUUAUUGGAGGAUUACUUGAUGUUGACUGUUCUGAAGAUGUCAUAAAAAACUUGAUUCUUGUUGUAAGAGGUCAAUUCUCUACUGAUGAGCUUGUUGCUGAGGUUGAAAAAAGAAACAGAUUGAAACUGCUUCUGCCUUGGCUAGAGGCCAGAAUUCAUGAGGGCUGUGAGGAGCCUGCUACUCACAAUGCCUUAGCCAAAAUCUACAUAGACAGUAAUAACAACCCGGAGAGAUUUCUUCGUGAAAAUCCCUACUAUGACAGUCGCGUUGUUGGAAAGUAUUGUGAGAAGAGAGAUCCACAUCUGGCCUGUGUUGCUUAUGAACGUGGCCAGUGUGAUCUGGAACUUAUUAAUGUUUGCAAUGAGAAUUCCCUCUUCAAAAGUCUUUCUCGCUACCUGGUACGUCGAAAGGAUCCAGAAUUGUGGGGCAGCGUGCUGCUGGAAAGCAAUCCUUACAGGAGACCCCUAAUUGACCAGGUUGUACAAACAGCUUUGUCUGAGACUCAGGACCCUGAAGAAGUGUCAGUAACUGUCAAGGCUUUCAUGACUGCAGACCUUCCUAAUGAACUGAUUGAACUGCUGGAGAAAAUUGUCCUUGAUAACUCUGUAUUCAGUGAACACAGGAAUCUGCAAAACCUCCUUAUCCUCACCGCAAUUAAAGCUGACCGUACACGUGUUAUGGAGUAUAUUAACCGCUUGGAUAAUUAUGAUGCCCCAGAUAUUGCCAAUAUCGCCAUCAGCAAUGAGCUGUUUGAAGAAGCAUUUGCCAUUUUCCGGAAAUUUGAUGUCAAUACUUCAGCAGUUCAGGUCUUAAUUGAACAUAUUGGAAACUUGGAUCGGGCAUAUGAGUUUGCUGAACGUUGCAAUGAACCUGCGGUCUGGAGUCAACUUGCAAAAGCCCAGUUGCAGAAAGGAAUGGUGAAAGAAGCCAUUGAUUCUUAUAUCAAAGCAGACGAUCCUUCCUCCUACAUGGAAGUUGUUCAGGCUGCCAAUACUAGUGGAAACUGGGAAGAACUGGUGAAGUACUUGCAGAUGGCCCGUAAGAAGGCUCGAGAGUCCUAUGUGGAGACAGAAUUGAUAUUUGCGCUGGCUAAAACAAACCGCCUUGCAGAGUUAGAAGAAUUUAUCAAUGGACCAAAUAAUGCUCAUAUCCAACAAGUUGGUGACCGUUGUUAUGAUGAAAAAAUGUAUGAUGCUGCUAAGUUGUUGUACAAUAAUGUUUCCAAUUUUGGACGUUUGGCAUCUACCCUGGUUCACCUGGGUGAAUAUCAGGCAGCUGUUGAUGGGGCUAGGAAAGCUAACAGUACUCGAACAUGGAAAGAGGUCUGCUUCGCCUGUGUAGAUGGGAAAGAAUUCCGUCUUGCUCAGAUGUGUGGACUUCAUAUUGUUGUACACGCAGAUGAAUUAGAAGAACUUAUCAACUACUAUCAGGAUCGUGGCUAUUUUGAAGAGCUGAUUACCAUGUUGGAAGCAGCACUGGGACUUGAGCGAGCUCACAUGGGAAUGUUUACUGAAUUAGCUAUUCUAUACUCUAAAUUUAAGCCUCAGAAAAUGAGGGAGCACCUGGAGCUGUUCUGGUCUAGAGUGAAUAUUCCCAAGGUGCUAAGAGCUGCAGAACAAGCUCAUCUUUGGGCAGAACUGGUGUUUUUGUAUGACAAGUAUGAAGAAUAUGAUAAUGCCAUAAUUACCAUGAUGAAUCAUCCAACUGAUGCCUGGAAAGAAGGGCAGUUCAAAGAUAUCAUUACCAAGGUUGCCAAUGUGGAACUAUACUAUAGAGCAAUACAGUUCUAUUUAGAAUUCAAGCCUCUGUUGUUAAAUGAUUUGCUGAUGGUGCUGUCUCCACGGUUGGAUCACACUCGUGCAGUCAAUUAUUUCAGCAAGGUUAAACAGCUACCACUGGUGAAACCAUAUUUGCGUUCAGUUCAGAACCAUAACAACAAAUCUGUGAAUGAAUCAUUAAACAACCUCUUUAUUACAGAAGAAGAUUAUCAGGCUCUGCGAACAUCAAUAGAUGCUUAUGACAACUUUGACAAUAUCUCGCUUGCUCAGCGUUUGGAAAAACAUGAACUCAUUGAGUUCAGGAGAAUUGCUGCUUAUCUCUUCAAAGGCAACAAUCGCUGGAAACAGAGUGUAGAGCUGUGCAAGAAAGACAGCCUUUACAAGGAUGCAAUGCAGUAUGCUUCUGAAUCUAAAGAUACUGAGUUGGCUGAAGAACUCCUGCAGUGGUUUUUGCAGGAAGAAAAAAGAGAGUGCUUUGGAGCUUGUCUGUUUACCUGUUACGAUCUUUUAAGGCCAGAUGUUGUCCUAGAAACUGCAUGGAGGCACAAUAUCAUGGAUUUUGCCAUGCCCUAUUUCAUCCAGGUCAUGAAGGAAUACUUGACAAAGGUUGAUGCAAUAAAGGAAAAGGUGGAUAAAUUAGAUGCUUCAGAAUCACUGAGAAAAGAAGAAGAACAAGCUACAGAGACACAACCCAUUGUUUAUGGUCAGCCCCAGCUGAUGCUGACAGCAGGACCCAGUGUUGCCGUCCCUCCCCAGGCACCUUUUGGUUAUGGUUAUACCGCACCACCGUAUGGACAGCCACAGCCUGGCUUUGGGUACAGCAUGUGAGAUGAAAAGCUGAUCCUGUAGUCAUCUAUUUUCGUACUGAAACAUCGUCUCUACCCACUUCUCUGUUUAUAAUGGGGGAAACAGGCAACGUGUUCUUGUAACCUUUAUUUCAUGAAGGACUCCUUUUUGUUUCUAACUAUAAACUUGGAUCACCUAUGUUAAAACCUUAUUUCACAUUCCACAUCAUUUUAGAAUUUAUUUUCGAAGGGGAAUAGUUUCAAUGUUUUAUUCACUUGGGCUUUUUUUCUUCCCCCUCAUUCUUAAACUGCUUAAUAUUUAAUCUGUUGUGAAGAAUCUGAUUUGCACUCUGUAGUGUUUAAAGAAACAAAGAAACUCUAAUAUUGAAUCUCUUAAAUUUAGUGUAUGUAAACAGCUUACAAAUAUGUAUUGUCUAAAUGCAUUUAAAUCUGUUUUAUUCAAAGAAAAGCUAAAGCAAAAAUACUGGCAUAUGACCAUGCAAGACUGUCAAUGCCAACAAAGACAACACUAAUCAGCACAUCCUACACUGGAUUGCAGUGCUUUCCAGAUUAUUUGAAAAAUGUUACAGACAACUUGCCUGAUUUUUAAAUGAGCAUAAAAGGCCCUCUAACCUAUGCAGGUUUCCCCAUUAUACAUAUAGAAAAUGCUAGUAUGUUUUGCUCACUUCAUAUGUAACAGGUGCCCUUAUGUUGUGCUGUAUCCUGUGCUUUUUCUGUGGGACCAUUCCAUUCAGGAGCAAAGAGCACCAUGAUUCCAAUCUUGUGUGUGUUUACUAACCCUUCCCUGAGGUUUGUGUAUGUUGGAUAUUGUGGUGUUUUAGAUCACUGAGUGUACAGAAGAGAGAAAUUCAAACAAAAUAUUGCUGUUAUUCAGUUUUGUUUGUGGAAUUUGAAAUUACUCAAGUUUAAAAUAAAUUACUGGACUGUGGAAAAACAUAGAUUUGAAGUUUUAAUUAAAUACCACUCAAACCAAAAGAACUUAAUUAAAUACCACUCAAACCAAAAGAACAGUAGUUUUUGUAGUUUUAUAUUGGAUACUGAGGCAUUACAGGGAGGCAUGAAAGGAAGAGGAAUGAGGAUUGAGACAUGUGAAGACAUUAUGCAUUUUAUCAAUGUGCAUUCCUGUAUUUCAGUAAGGUACAUGCAGUAGUCUAAAGAACCAGAGUCAUUACUCUAGUGGCUUACAUUUACUGUCUCCAACGUUUUAGCCAAGUGACACUUGAGGUUUUUAUCUAGGCAUUUCACUUAAAUGAACAAAUCAUGGCUGUUAUAUUAACUUGAAAUAAAAUAUAUUUAAACAUGUA